AUGAGCACCUUCGCGCAGAUCCUCAAGGAGAUCGGCGAGUUUGGGUUGUUCCAAAAGCGCUUGGUGGCGGCCUUGUGGGUCCCCAGCGUCUUCAUCUCCUUCGACAUCAUCGGUCAGGUCUUCGCGGGCGUUGACUUCCCAAACUAUUGCAACACUGACUGGAUCCUGGAGCGAGUGGACGCCAACCUGACCAGGGAGAGGCAAAAGCGGCUCACCAUCCCCGUGAGCCCGGAUGGAAGCUUCCAGAGCUGCCUCAUGUACACGCCAGUCGACUCCGACCUGGAGACCAUCGAGCUGUACGGCCUGAACGCGACCACGGGCUGCCUCAAUGGAUCCGAGUUUGAGGUGCCAACUGGGGCAUCCAGCAUUGUGACAGAGUUGAAUCUGGUGUGUGACAGGAACACGUUGAUUGAGGGGUCUCAGUCUAUUUACAUGGCUGGACUUCUGAUUGGCGCCUUCGUGUCGGGCUCAAUGGCUGACAGAUAUGGUCGCCGCUUUGUGGUGUUGCUUGCGAUUCUUCUUCUUCUCUUGUUUGGCGUCAGUGUUGCGUUCUCUCCCAACGUCUACGUUGACCUUGCGCUCAAGUGCCUGUGUGGAGUGUCCACGGCGGGAAUCCUCGGCGACGCAUUCUUUGAGCAGCUUUAUGGCCAUCACGCUGCACUGCACCGACGCAUAGUAGAAUUUGCGCUGUCCAUGGCAUUUUUCUCAAAACAGGAUCCGUUCUUGACAAACCCCGCAGCGGAAGGCCUGCUACGACCACCGCUGAUGAAAACACCUAAAUCCUAG